AUGUCAACAGCUUUACAAGUUAAUUUGGCACCUUCGCCACAAAAUAAUUGGUUACCACCGUCAAACUUAUUACCACAUCAAAAAAUUUUAGUUUCUCUCACCGGCCCUCAUGGUACAGACAUUAUCGGAUGUGUAUUAGAUUGUAUGGCAAAAAAUGAUUGCGAAAUUGAAGACUUCAUGUUAUCUCGACUUUAUCAUAAUGUUACAUUUGGGGUUUUGAUUACUUUAAAAUCAGAUAAUGCUAAUUUGUUUCGUGAUCUUGCCGAGGCUUCUAAAAAAUGGGAUGGAAAUUUAUCUCUUAAUAUUCACAGCCAGCAUGAUAUUUUACCAAAAUCCCUUGAAGACGCACCAUAUAAAGAUCGUAUUAAAUAUACUGCCACUGUAUUAAAUCAGAAUGGUCUUACUCCACAAUUUUUGGAUGAAUGGACAAAAUUAUUACUUCGUGAAAAGAUUUCUAUAGAGAAGAUGCAAAGAUUGAGCGAAGGGAAAUUAUUAUGUGCUGAUUAUAAACUUUCAGUGCCGUCGGAAACGGAUCUUGAACGCUUGAGAAAAGAAUUAUUUCAGUUGAGCAUAAAUCAUGGAACUGAUGUUGCUCUUCAACCGUUUAACGUCUUUAGAAAGCACAAAAGAUUAGUUGUAUUUGACAUGGAUUCUACUUUAAUACAGCAAGAAGUAAUUGAUGAAAUCGCUAAAUUAGCUGGUGUUGUCAAUGAUGUUGCAGUAAUCACAGAAUCCGCAAUGAAUGGAGAAAUUGAUUUCCAGGAAUCUUUACGACUUCGUGUUUCAUUAUUAAAAGGAACUUCAACUGAUGUUAUACAAACUAUCAAGAAGAAUCUUAUUUUUACUGAAGGAGCUCAUCUUCUGUGUAAAGCACUAAAGAAGAUCGGGUUUAAAUUGGCUGUAAUUUCUGGUGGAUUCAUUCCUCUUGCUAACCAUGUGAAGAAUGAGCUUGGACUAGAUUAUGCUUUUGCCAAUCAAUUAAAAGUUUCACCGGAUGGUUUAACGUUCACUGGCGAACUUGAUGGUCCAAUCGUUGAUGGAAAACGCAAAGCUGAGCUCUUAGAGGUGAUUGCUCAGGCUGAGAAUAUAAAACUUGAUCAAGUUAUCGCUGUAGGUGAUGGUGCGAACGAUUUAUUCAUGUUGGCAAAAGCUGGACUAGGGGUAGCGUUUAACGCAAAGCCACGUGUACAAGAAAAAGCACGUGCACGAAUUAACCAGAAGUCCCUGAGAUAUAUUUUAUACCUUUUAGGAUAUACUGAUGAAGAUGCCCAACAAUUAUAUAGCGAUGAUUAA